UGGGUCUGGGCCUUUUAUUUGGAUAUUUGUGGAAGAUGUUGAGAGCACUCGGGGAUUUACUCAGCGUGGGCUGAUGUUGGGCUCCUUAUCCACCAUCCCCUCCCUGAGGAGCCAGUCCCAGCUCACAGCUCCAGCUGUAUCCUGUGCACUGACCCCUGCAGGGACCCCACGGGGCAGCCCUCUCCCUAACACCUCUGGGUUUCUCUCCCCAGAACCUCCCUCCAGCACUGCCUUUCAGGAUGAUGGGCCCAGGAGCACCGGCGGGGACCCUCCAGCCACGUGGCUGCUGACCCAGGGGUGCUGCCGGGCACCGCUGCCAAUGCAGAGCUCAGGGCAGAGCAGGGCAGAGCCACCGCUCCGCUCGCCCAUGGCAGCCCCUUCCCGCCGCGCCCCGGCCCGGCUGCAUGGUGUGGGUGCCCCUGAGCCCCACGAGCAGUGACCGCCGGGCCCCACUGUGUGCUCCCAGCACCACCACCAUGUCUUUGGAGUGGCUGAUGGACUGGAGCUGGUCCCUGGACGGACUCCGGGAUUUCAUUGCCACGGGCAUCCAGUCUUUCCGUGACUGCGACGCCACGGCCCUGGUGGCCGUUGCCUGCCUGCUGGUCCUCUUCGUGUGGUACUGCUACCACGUGGGGCGGGAGCAACCCCGCGCCUACGCCACGGUGAAUGCGCUGAUGCAGAGCGCCGAGGCCAACGGGGUGCAGAACGGCUUUGUGUACUGCCAGUCGCCCGAGUGCGUGCGCUGCUCGCACCACGACGGCCUCAACCAGAAACUCUACCACAACCUGCAGGAGUACGCCAAGCGCUACUCCUGGUCCGGCAUGGGCAGGAUCCACAAGGGCAUCCGUGAGCAGGGCCGCUACCUCAACAGCAGGCCCUCCAUCCAGAAGCCAGAAGUCUUCUUCCUGCCCGACUUGCCCACCACGCCCUACUUCUCCCGGGACGCUCAAAAGCACGAUGUGGAGUUGCUGGAGCGCAACUUCCAGACCAUCCUGUGCGAGUUUGAGACCCUGUACAAGGCGUUCUCAAACUGCAGCCUCCCGCAAGGAUGGAAAAUGAACAGCACGCCCAGCGGGGAGUGGUUCACCUUCUACCUGGUGAACCAGGGCAUGUGCGUGCCCAGGAACUGCCGGAGAUGCCCACGGACGUACCGCUUGCUCGGGAGCCUCCGUACCUGCAUUGGCAACAAUGUCUUUGGGAACGCCUGCAUCUCUGUGCUGAGCCCGGGCACCGUCAUCGCCGAGCACUACGGGCCCACCAACAUCCGCAUCCGCUGCCACCUCGGUCUGAAGACACCCAGCAACUGUGAACUGGUGGUGGGGGGUGAGCCCCAGUGCUGGGCUGAGGGCCGGUGCCUGCUCUUUGACGACUCCUUCCUGCACACGGCGUUCCACGAAGGUGCCCCGGAGGAAGGUCCCCGUGUGGUGUUCAUGGUGGACCUGUGGCACCCCAACGUGGCGGCGGCCGAGCGCCAAGCCCUCGACUUCAUCUUCGCGCCGGGACGAUGACGGCGCUGCCCGGCCUGGUGGCUUCAGGGCAGCUCGGCUGGGGCCCUCUCCCGGCUCACGGCCUCGGUGCUCCCUCCCGGGGGUGUUGUAAAUGGAAACUGUGACGUGUAUCCGCGCCCAUCUCCUUCCUCCAUCGUUGGCUUCAGGGAUUCUUUUGCAAGCGCCGGCACCUCGGCCCCGCCGGGGCUCACUGCCCCCCUGCUCCGUCGUGUUCUGUUGCUAACUGUGUUUUGCGGUGUUCAGAAGUAGAGUAACAAACCCAAGGGUGCUCGUUUGAAUGUAAUGUAAAAAUUUUCUUGUGGUCAUCAAAGGAACAACACACACACACACACACACACACACACACACACACACACACACACACACACACACCCACCAUAACAGCCAACCAGCCUGCCCUGCCCGGGAUGGAUGGACUGAUGGACACUGGGGGCUGCCAUGGGUGCUGUGCUCCCCCCAGGCUGGGUGUGAUGGGCUGGGCAGGGCACAGCUCUGCUCACAAAGAACCCUCCUGGGGCUCCUGCUUUCUCCUCCAUGUGCCAGCUGGAGCUCCCCAGCCCUCCUCCCCUCAGAAACCCCUUUUGGCACCCAGGCAGGGAGCAGAGUCCAUCGCCAGCCCAGCAAGGCAGGAGCCCCGACCUCCACCCUGCUGAGGGAACAGCACACACAGUCGUGCUCUUCAGUCUGACCAAGGGUGUUUGCAAUUGCCCAGAUCCCUUCCUUGCUCUGUCUGCAACCCUCAGUUUUCCCAGCUCCCAGCUGGGAGGCCCUGCAGGGGCAGGGAUGCUGUUUGGGAACAGAGGAUGGAGGUUUUGUCUGUCUGUAGGAAGAAAGGAGGUCACCAUUCCUUCUGCUGCUCCAUCUUCUCCUUUGCUCAAGCCAGGGCAGGCACACACAGCGGCAGCUCCCAUGGACCUGACACCACAGGACAGAUUCCCAAGGGGGGGGGUAAUUCUGCAGCCUGAGCAAUGAGGUCCUGCCCACCCAGGGACCACCACGCUUUUCCUGAAGUCCCCCCAUCUGUUUGGGGUCCGGGGGCUGGUUUAUAACACCCCCCCAAAGCACAGUGUGUGGUGGAUGCUCACAGCUCUGCCUGGGGACCCUUUGCCUCUGUGCCCUGCUCGGGAGGGACCAGCCCUGUCCCCCAACAACUUCUUUACAGACUUUUCAGUGAGUCAAUUGCAAGAGGAGGCAGAGAUUUCAAAUACAUCUGAGAUAUUUUUUACACCCGUCUUGUUACAGACUACCUGAAGUGCAUGAUUUCUACACGCAUUGGCUACCUGGACACAGGCCCUGGGGAAGCAGGCUGGCUCUGUCCAAAGGUUGGUAACAUUCAUACAGUGGAUAAGCAAAGAUUAUCAAU